GAGACUAUGUAUGCAGCGUCGCAUCUAGUGAAAACAGAGUUGAACCGUAUAAAUGAGCCAGUGGCACACGAAACUUGGUAUACCUGUCAGCCUGUUCUGAUGAUCAUUCACCGUUCAAGAUUUCUUAUCCUCGAUCUACACUCUUAUGUAACUACCUACGUAGCUCUUCUUGUGCCGUUACCUCACGCUUAAUUCGUUUUCGUCCAUAAACAUUGUUGAAAACUUCCCACUACUUAAUAUCAUGUUCCCAUCGCUAACUAGCCGUAUCUUCUUGCUCGUGGCGGCGGCGAUCCCAACGACGGUGGCAAAGCCCGAGCAGAUCCGCGCCGUGACAUCUCCUAUUUUUCACUACUAUCUACAAGCCUACCCCCAGGAUCCAAUAAUCCCCGUGAUGGGUCCGGAAUCCAGCAGCGAGUACUUCAACAUCGGCUCCACGAUUCAGAGCACCAAUACAUCAGCAUACCUGAACAUCGGGGACGACUCGACGUCCUACAAGACGCUGACAUUUGCGGACGCGGGCUCGACAGACGCUUGGGCGCUCGAGGGCGACACGAUCAUCACUUCGACGGGGAGCAGCUUUGGGCGUCAGCUCAACUUCUUGGUGUGUCAGCUGAGCGGGAGCUAUUGGCAGGUUUACUUGCAGAUGGGGAGUGAGACGCCGAGCGGGAAGACUUGUAGUAACUACCAGAGUCUGCAUUUACCCUGCUUGUGUUGAGGGGGUGGAGUGGUUAAGGGGUAGAGGGGGUUGAUGGAGUUGUAAUGACAUUAUGUCAUUAUAGCUGAUACCCUUUAUUACUUUACAGAGUUAUAUGCCGUUAGUCAUUGGCAUCUUAGAGCAUGAACAUCUAAAUACCACUAUGCCAA